AUAGUUUCUUCUCUCAAGAAUUCUGAAAAAGAAGUAAAAAAAUGGAACAACAGCAGUACAAAAUGAGGAGCAAGAGUAGAUCAAGCAAUAAUAAUCAUCUCUGCAACUUGUUCGAAGAAGAAGAAACUAGUACAGUUCAUAAUAUUCCACCGCCGCCGCGCAUGAUCUCCUUCAAAUCCCAGCCACCACAAAUAAUCAGCUACGACCACCGCCACGACAAUCUCCUCUACAGCCCUUCUAGAUCCUCCACCCCUCUACCGCCGCCCAGCCCCGAUUCCCCCUGGACCCUCUCCCCCCACCACACCCCUUCUCCCUCCCUCCUCCACCACUGCAUCGCCUCCCUCCACCGCCACGACGGCAUCAUCUUCUCCAUCGCCGCCGCCAAGGGGCUCGUCUUCACCGGCUCCGAGAGCUCCCGCGUCCGCGCCUGGCGCCAGCCUGACUGCACCGAGCGUGGCUGCUUCAAGUCCACCUCCGGCGAAGUCCGCGCCAUCCUCGCCAGAGGAAACAUGCUCUUCACUUCCCACAAGGACCGAAAAGUCCGCGUCUGGAACAUCACCGCCGCGCCGGAAAACUUCCAGGCGAAGAAACUCACUAAUCUGCCAAGAAACAGGUCCAUUUUCAAGUUCCCGAGCGGCGGCAACAACAGGCACAAAGACUGCAUUUCCUGCAUGGCGUACAACCACGCGGAGGGGCUUCUCUACACGGGCUCCUACGAUAAAACGGUCAAGGUCUGGAGAAUCUCCGACAGCCGCUGCGUUGACUCAAUCGCCGCCCACGACGACCACAUAAACGCUGUCGUGGUCAACCAGGACGACGGCUGCGUCUUCACGUGCUCCUCCGACGGCUCCGUCAAGAUAUGGCGGCGCGUGUACGGACAGAGCUCCCACACCCUGACCAUGACGCUGAAGUUCCAGCCGUCGCCGGUGAACGCCCUGGCCAUAAGCCCAUCCCCGCCGAACUCGUGCUUCCUCUACUCCGGCUCCUCCGACGGGUUCAUCAACUUCUGGGAGAAGGAAAAAAUGUCCGGCAGGUACAACCACGGCGGCUUCUUACAGGGCCACAGAUUCUCCGUCCUCUGUCUCGUCGCCAUAGAGAAGCUGCUGUUCAGUGGAUCGGAGGACACGACGAUUAGGGUUUGGAGAAGAGAAGAAGGGAGCUGCUUCCAUGAAUGCAUGGCGGUUCUCGACGCCCACAGAGGCCCGGUGAAAUGCCUGGCGGCGACGCUGGAAAUCGAGAAAGUAGUUGUCAUGGGGUUCUUGGUCUACAGCUCCGGCCUGGAUCAAACGUUUAAGGUUUGGAGGAUUAAGGUUUUGCCGCCGCCGGAGGAGGAGGAGAAGAGUAAUCACCAUCACCACCACCACCACCGGCAACGAGUUGAACCUAUAGAUACAACUCAUCAUGAUUUGAAUAUUACAGAGUAUGAAAUGAGCCCUGUGUUAUCUCCUUCUUGGGUGGAGAAGAAGCUCCAAGGUGGUGAUAAUACUAAUCCUUUUCACUGAUUAAUUAAUAAUUAGUAAUUAAGCCCUAAUUAUGUAUUAAUUAGUGUCGCAGUUAAAAGCCGGUUUUUUUUCAUGCAUACAAAUUAUAAAU